AUGUCGGUGGCCACAAGAAACCCCUUUGCACUCUUGGACGGCCCUGCCUCUCGUGGUGGUCGCUACUACCAACGUGGCGCUGCUCCUGCACCCGCUACCCCUCCAACUGAUGACCAGCCACCUGCCCCAGAGCCAAAGCAAAGGCGAUUCGACGGUGAGCGCAGGGAAGGCCGUGGUGAUGGCCGUGGCAGAGGCCGCGGUCGCGGUGGCGAUCGUGGUGGUGAUCGUGGUGGCCGUGGUCGUCCAUUCGACAGGCACAGUGCCACCGGAAAGACCGACUCUGACAAAAAACUCCACAACGGCUGGGGUGGCGACGAUGGAGAAACAGAGCGCAAAACCGAGGAAGCUGCCACAAUCGACGCAGCUGCUGACGCUACUGGCGCUCUAAAUGAGCGUGAAAGGCGCGGUGACAGGGAGGAAGAGGAAGAUGACACCCUCACCCUCGACCAGUACCUCGCACAGCAGCGUGAAAAGGAAAACGCACUUGUCCCCAAGUUGGAAGUCAGAAAGCCCAACGAUGGUGUCGAUGAUGAUGUCUUCAAGGGCGCUGCCCCAAUUACGAAGAAGGAGGAUUUGGAGUAUUUCGCUGCAAAGACCAAAUCCGCCCCCAAGGCCCGCACCAAGAAGGACGAAAAGGUCUUUAUCGAAAUCGAAGCUCGCUUCGAACGCCCAAACCGUGGUGGUCGCGGCGGGCGUGGUGGAGACAGGGGUGGCGACCGGGGGAGUCGUGGAGAUAGGGGGGGUCGUGGUCGUGGCAGCGGACGCGGUCGCGGCGGCGCGAACGGUUUCCCUACACUUCCCCUCACUGUCGUAGGAAACAUAAUGGGUUUCGAAGAUGCAGAAUGUCUCGAUGGCUUGAUUUAA